GUUCGAGGAGCUGAAUGCCGAUCUCUUCCGCAGCACUCUGGAUCCGGUCGAAAAGUCUUUACGCGAUGCAAAGCUCGAUAAAUCCGCCGUUCACGAUAUUGUACUGGUCGGUGGCUCUACUCGUAUCCCCAAGAUCCAGAAGCUCUUACAGGACUUCUUCAGCGGCAAGGAACUGAACAAGUCUAUCAACCCAGAUGAGGCCGUUGCCUACGGUGCUGCCGUCCAGGCCGCAAUUCUUAGUGGCGACAAGUCUGAAGCCGUGCAGGAUCUCUUGCUUUUGGACGUCGCUCCCCUAUCGCUCGGCCUCGAAACAGCCGGUGGCGUGAUGACCACUCUGAUAAAGCGAAACACUACCAUCCCCACUAAGCAAACACAGACAUUCACGACCUACUCUGACAACCAGCCGGGUGUGCUCAUCCAAGUCUACGAGGGUGAGAGGGCCAUGACAAAGGACAACAAUCUCCUGGGCAAGUUCGAGCUCUCCGGCAUCCCCCCCGCUCCAAGGGGCGUUCCUCAGAUUGAGGUGACUUUCGACAUUGACGCUAACGGCAUCUUAAAUGUCUCAGCAGUCGAUAAGAGCACUGGGAAGUCGAACACCAUCACUAUCACAAACGACAAAGGCCGUCUCUCUAAGGAAGAGAUUGACAGGAUGGUCACCGAUGCUGACCGAUACAAGGCCGAUGACGAAAAGCAGCGUGAGCGCGUCUCGGCUAAGAACGCUCUCGAGGGCUAUGCCUACUCCAUGAAGCAGAUGGUGGAGGAUGAAAAGGUCAAGGACAAGAUCCCGGAAGACGACAGAAAGAAGGUUCUCGAAAAGUGCGAAGAGGUGAUCAAGUGGUUGGAUGGUAACCAAUCGGCUGAGAAGGAAGAGUUCGAGCACCAUCAAAAGGAGCUCGAGAAGGUCUGCUCCCCUGUCGUCACGAAAAUGUACCAGUCCGGCAGUGGUAUGCCUUCAGGAAUGCCAGGAAGCUUCCCGGGAGGCUUCCCUGGUGCCGAUGGCCAUGGCUCCGGCAAGGGCCCUACCAUAGAGGAGGUUGACUAA